AUGGAGUUGCUCGGGCUGUGGAUACCUGUUUUGGGCUCCCUGGUGUUAGCAGAAGUCUUGUGGGCUCUAUCCAUUGAUCAGGAUCAGUUGCCGAGGCCUGAGGAUGUGGAGUUGGCUGAGGGCUACCUCAGGAGGUUUUACACCCUGAGCCCCAGAGGCAGAGUGUCGGGGAGAAGGAUCAGGUCCACGUCGUCAACCAUGGAGGAGAAGAUCAGAAAAAUGUAAACCUUCUUUGGUCUGAGAGAGACAGGUGGUCUGGAGUCUACCACCCUGGAUGUGAUGAGGGAGCCCAGGUGUGGUGUUCCAGAUGUGGAAAACUUCAGCUUUUAUCCCGAAAAGCCUAAGUAGAAGAACAACACCAUCACGUACAUGACAGCCAAAUACACUCCGGACAUGAAGAGAGAGGACGUGGAAAAGUCCUUGCGUUCAGCCCUGAAGAUCUGGAGUGAUGCUGCACCGCUGAGGUUCAUCAAAGUCAACCACGGCAAAGCUGAUAUAGUCUUCUCCUUUGCCCACAGAACUCAUGGAGAUUUCUUUCCCUUUGAUGGACCCCGGGGAGUACUGGCUCACGCCUUUCAGCCAGGAGAGGGGAUAGGAGGAGACGUGCACUUUGAUGAGGAUGAAACAUGGACGGCGGGGAGGCAAGGUUACAGCCUGUUCGCUGUUGCAGCUCAUGAGCUGGGCCACUCACUGGGUUUGACCCACUCAAAAGACCCGUCUGCCAUCAUGUACCCUAACUACAGGUAUCGAAGCAGUACACAGUACUCUCUAUCCAAAGAUGAUGUGCUUGGGAUCCAAACGCUGUAUGGAAAGGAAACAAGAAAAGUGGAAACACAACCAGCUCCCAAAAAGUGUGACCCCAACUUUUCUUUUGAUGCAACAGUUAUGAUUGGGAAUGAGAUAGUUUUCUUUAAGAACAGGUACAAGAUAUGUCAAAUAUGUUUUAUAUAUAAUGAUUGAAGACCUUCAAAGAUGCAACUGAGCCUGCUUAUCGUUUGAACCCAGGUACAUGUGGAUCGCCUGAGAGAGAGCCACAGCAGCGCAUAUUUACCCAGCAUCAGUUCUCACGUGGAUGCAGCAUAUGACAUCCCAGCCUAAGGCGUGGCGUACAUAUUCACUGGUCAUAAGUACUGGGUGGUUCAACAGCUUAAGAUGAAAAGUCAUGCUGGCUCCAUCUACGAGUACGGCUUCUCCUCCCAAGUCAGGCAGGUUGACGCUGCCGUGCAUAUCAGUGAGUCAGGGAAGACGUACUUCUUCAUAGGAGAAGUUUAUUACAGGUAUGAUGAGCGGAGGAGAAAGAUGGACCCCGGCUUCCCCAGACUCAUCCAAACAGACUGGCCUGGAGUACCGAGAAGGGUCGACGCUGCCUUUAAGUUAGAUGCACCAACCAUCGCUCCAACAGUUUCACCAGAGGACGAAGGCCUGGCGGAGGGAUACCUCUCCCAGUUCUACACUGAUGUCGGGGUGACAAACACCUCAGUGCAGAGAAUGGUUAAGAGCUCCAUAAGCCAGGAGCUACAGACCAUGCAGGCUUUCUUUGGCCUCGAGGUGACUGGUGUGUUGAAUAAUGAGACUGUGGAGGUGAUGAAGGCACCAAGAUGCGGUGUGUCAGACAUCAGCAGAUAUGGACAUUUUGCUGGGAAACCCAAAUGGGAGAAAAGGCUGAUUACAUACAGGAUCACUCAGUACACUUCAGAUCUGACCCGGAGUAAGGUGGAUGCUACUAUUGCUCAGGCCUUCCAGCUCUACAGCGAUGUCAUCCCUCUGGACUUCAAACAGAUCCUCAGCGGUAAUGCGGACAUCAUGAUCCUCUUCAAGGGUGGAUAUCACGGGGACUUUUACCCUUUUGACGGACCGGGUAGAGUCUUGGCUCAUGCUAACUCUCCUGGACGGGGUCAGGGAGGGGACACACACUUUGAUGAUGAUGAAAGUUGGACUCUCACCCAAAGAGGUGUGAAUCUGCUGCUGGUGGCGGCCCACGAGUUUGGCCACGCUUUAGGCCUGGAUCACUCCAGGGACAGACGUGCACUCAUGUAUCCCACUUAUAAGUAUGUCAACACAAACGGAUACAGGCUGCCAGACGAUGACAGGCGUGGGGUUCAAGCCCUUUAUGGCAGUCGUACAGCAGUGCCCACAACCGCCCCAAAACCUGAACCACCUCCUGGCCCGGACCCUGGACCAGAACCAGAGGAACCAACAGAGGACCCAAACCCGGACCCUCUGCCCAACCCACGAAAUGAACAGUGCAACCGCGAUCUGGUGUUUGAUGCUGCUACCUCCAUCAGGAGAGACCUGUUCUUCUUCAAAAACGGAUACUACUGGAGGAAGAGCACAACUACCACAGGAAUCCGUUUAACGAAAGUGAACACAAAAUGGUCACAAAUCAAUUAUGUUGAUGCUGCCUUUGAAGUCCCGUCCAAGGAUGUGGUGUAUCUUUUUGAAGGUCGUCAAUACUGGGGCAUAAGGGCUUAUGCAAAAACAGUCAUUCCGGGAUUUCCAAAGCCUCUCACCAACCUCGGCCUCCCUUCUUCAGUCAGUAAAGUGGAUGCAGCCGUCUAUGUGCCAACUAACAGCAAAACACUCAUUUUUGUGAACAACCAGUAUUGGAGCUAUGAUGCGGGAAGAAACCAGAUGGACGUUGGAUAUCCACGAUAUAUCACUCAGGAUUUCCCUGGAAUUGGCUCCAAAGUAGAUGCAGCCUUUGCAAAUUAUGGUGAGACAUACAGUCUAACUACUCUUGUUGUGUGGUCUCCUAUGGAUUCACUCAACACAUUUGAAUCUGAGAUGGAGGCUGAUGGUCAGGGGAACUAUUCUCUGUUUCCAGCUCUGGACAGCAUUGCAAGUCUAUCUGGGACCACUGAGACUCUGGAGAGGUUGUUGAAAAUAAUUGAAAUUGCAGAGAAGCCAAACCUCACAUGGCUCGAUGCUGCACAGAUUGUCUUGGAAGAAGCUGGACGUCCCAUGCACAUAAAGGAGAUUAAACAGAGAAUCAUCGACAGGGGACUUGUUCAAUCCAAUGCAAAGUCAAGCCUGGAGGCCGUCAUGUACCGAGAGACUGAUGAGGAGAGGCAGCAGGCCCUGCAGGCUUUCACCACCCAGUCUUUCCUCGGCUCUCCACAGCACAAUACCGUCUCCAGCUCUGGCUCAGGGGCCUCGGGGCCCGCCUUCCCCUCCCCCACCAGUUCCUCGGAGCACAGGACAAAGAUGAAGAGAGGACCGAGAAAAAAACAAAAUGAAAAGUACCAACUCAAGUACCUUAGACUGCGCAAAGCUGCCCGCGCCAUGAUAUUUGAGAAUGCAGCUCUCUGUGAUGAAGUCGCCCACUUAGAAGAGAAGUUUCUGAGAGCUAAGGAGGAGCGGAGGUUUUUACUGAAGUCCUUGUUGCAGUACCAGUCUUUCUCAGAGGGGGAGAUGCUGCCAACACCUAGCUCAAGCUCUCAUCCAGCUGGGCCGCCUGCAGCAAUGACCUCAGGUGCUGCAGGGGCUUCAGGCCUGUCUGGGGGGCACAACCUGGCAUCGGGGGUGUCAACAGGGGAAGAUGGACCUCUCAAAAAACCCAAGAAGGAAAGGAAAGAGCGAGGCAGGGAAAAUGGAAAGGAGGAAUUUCCAAAGAAGAUGUCUAAGAAGAGAAAGCUAGCCGACGGGUCUCGGAAACUGGUGCGGCCCAUCGCUCUGGACUCGUCCGGUCGCCCCGUCUUUCCCAUCGUAUUGGGAGGUUUAACGGUCUACAGCCUGGGAGAGAUCAUCACAGACAGAAUGUUGUUCCAUGAUGAGUGUGCCAUCUACCCGGUGGGCUUCUGCAGCACUCGAUUCUUUGCCAGCAUGAAAAGCCCCGAGCAGCAGUGCCUCUACACCUGCCAAAUCAAGGAUGUGGGAGCAGGACCGCAGUUUGAGAUUGUCCCUGAAGAAGAUCCUCAGAAUGCCAUUGUGGCCUCCUCGGCCCUGACAUGCCACUCCAAUCUACUGAAGGCCAUCGCGUCUGUCAGUUCCAAGUCUGUGGCGCCCAUCGUGCCGUCGGGGGCGGACUUCUUCGGCUUCUCACACCCAACCAUCCAGAAUCUCAUCCAGAGUUGUCCUGGAGCGCGAAAGUGUAGCAACUACCGAUGGAUACGCUUUGAGGUGUGCCGCUCUGGCGAUGGCCAGAUUCCUCACAGCCUGUCGGAGGACGACGCCUCAGUCAACUUUGAUGCCUACCAGAGACAUCGGGGCUUUGAUGAGAACAUCAAGACGGAGCACAUAACAGGACAGGCACCGCAGUCCCCUAGCUCAUCUCAUCAGCACCACCUGACCUCCCCCACCAUGAAGCCCUCUACCUCGUAUUUCAGCUCCUGAUCCUGAAAGUAAACCGCCCCUUCCUCCCUGGUUCAAUAUUUCAGGAAACCGAGGCAUACAGUAACUCAGACCUGUUAUUUAUUGUAUGACGUCUUCUAGCGAGUCCCAGACAGCGUUAUGGAGUAUGUGUGCUAAUAUAGGUGAUGCAAAUAUACUGGAUGUGGCUGCUGAGUUAGCUUUGUGCUUAUUGUGCCAAUAGCAGCAUAAACUCAACACCUCUGUAGUGACAGUUGUAUUUCUAUAUGUAUACAAACAUAAGUGCUGGAUUUUAGAAAUUAGAUCCAGGUUGACAUUAAACCGUUGGUACCUUUAUGUAAAGUUGCAUAAUAUUUUCAAGUUGAAAAAUAUUUUGAUUAAUCAAUAAUUUCAUUGUAUACCAAUCUUGUUUUACAUUUAUGUAAAAGCUUUGGCUUUAAGUGAAACACACACCCACACAAACUUAAGUUGUUCAUGCAUCAUUUAUUUGUGCAAAUCAUGUUCAGUUAUGAUAAUUUGUGCUGUAAACUUGUACGAAUAAAACACCAGUGAUACUUUUCUACACAGUGUGCAGCAAUCAUUGGCAAAUUGUAACAGUAUAGAUUGUCCAAAGGAUAAAAAAUGUAACCAAAAUGAUAUAUAACCAUCUGCCACAAGGGUUUCUAACUUCAAUAAGCACUUUCAGUGUUUUAUCAGUUAGAAUGAUAAUCUCUACAAAGAUCUAUACAAUGAUGUAAAAUGUCUGCCAAACAUUACAACCAAAGACAUUAGAUACUGCAAUACUCUAGUGGUAUUAUCCCCAUUCUGAUGAAACACUUAUGGUUAAAACGAACCACUCUGGUAAAAAGAAGUUGAAAUAAAUGUAAAAGGUAAGCUUUGUGUCCAGAUGCCAUGAAUUGCAGACGGCACUUUUUGCUUAACAGUUCGUAGGAUCUGGCACUGCCACAAUUGAGACAACUCACGAAAUACUUCUCCAAAUGAAUUGUCUCGUGUCAAAGCAAUAUAAACAAGGAAGAAUCAAAACAAACUGAUCAUGAAAAACCAUUCCCUCUAAAAUGCUUAAAUCUUGGAAAAACUAAGAAAAAUAGCCCAAAUUAGCUUUCUCUCAGUAACAAUCCCCUGAGUCAUUGUCAUAUCACAGUGUCAAUUAUCUUGUUGGACAAUCUGGUAAAUCUGACCCAUC